AUGGCUAAACGGGAGAAAACCUUGGCCGUACGCCCCGUACCUGCACCGGUACCCGUACCCGAGGCUCCCCCGACGCCGUCGGCGACGCCGGUGUCGGCAACGGCGACGACGUCCGCGAGGUCGGUCAGGUGGGGCGACCUCGAGGACGCGGCCGGCGGGCUGGAGCGGCCGCUGCUGCGGCAGCGCGGCUCCAACACCACGUCGCAGAUGGCCGUCGUCGGCACCAACGUCUGCCCUAUCGAGAGCCUCGACUACGAGAUCGUGGAGAACGACGUGUACAAGCAGGACUGGAGGUCGAGGGGGAGGAUCCAGAUCUUCCAGUACCAGGUCCUCAAAUGGCUCAUGGCGCUCCUCGUGGGAUCCUUCGUUGGCCUCGUCGGAUUCUUCAACAACAUCGCCGUCGAGAACAUCGCCGGCUACAAGCUGCUCCUGACCAGCAACCUCAUGCGGCAAAACAGGAACCUGGAAGCGUUCCUGCUAUACAUGGCCUGCAAUGCGGUUCUCGCGGGAUCCGCGGCUGCGAUUUGCGCCUACUUAGCCCCCGCGGCAGCCGGCUCCGGCAUACCGGAGGUGAAGGCCUAUCUGAACGGUGUCGACGCCCACUCCAUCCUAGCGCCCAGCACCCUCUUCGUGAAGAUUAUUGGCUCCAUAUUGGGGGUGUCUGCCGGUUUUAUGCUGGGCAAAGAAGGGCCUAUGGUGCACACUGGUGCCUGCGUUGCCGCCAUGCUCGCCCAAGGGGGGUCGCGCAAGUAUGGCCUCACGUGGAACUGGAUCAGGUACUUCAAGAACGACCUCGACCGUAGGGAUCUUAUCACCUGCGGUGCUGCGGCCGGCGUCACUGCAGCAUUCCGCGCCCCCGUAGGCGGCGUCCUCUUUGCGCUCGAGGAAGCAACGACUUGGUGGCGGAGUGCGCUUCUGUGGAGGACAUUCUCCACAACGGCAAUGUCGGCGAUAGUGCUGCGGUCGUUGAUAGAGUACUGCCGCAGCGGCAACUGCGGCCUGUUUGGCAAAGGGGGUCUGAUCAUGUUCGACGUCAGCUCGCGGGUGACGACUUACACUGCCACUGACAUCGCCGCGGUCAUACUGCUCGGCAUCCUCGGCGGGCUGCUCGGAGCUCUCUUCAACCACUUUGUCGACCAGAUCCUCCGCAGAUACGGCGUCAUCAACGAGAAGGGUGCGCCGUACAAGAUCCUCAUGACGGUGUUCAUCUCACUUGUCACCUCGUGCUGCUCCUUCGGCCUGUCGUCGCUGUCUCCCUGCGUCCCGUGCCCGCCCGAGCUCGCCCCCGGCAAGUGCCCGACCAUCGGCCGGAACGGCAACUACAAGAAGUUCUGGUGUCCGGCGGGGCACUACAACGCGCUGGCCUCUCUCUUCUUCAACACCAACGACGAUGCCAUCCGCAACCUCUUCAGCGGCGGCACGGAUAGCGAGUUCGGAGUGUACACUCUGCUCACGUUCUUCAUCGGCGUGUACACCCUUGGCCUAAUCACCUACGGCGUGGCCGUGCCGUCGGGCCUCUUCAUCCCCGUCAUCCUCUCGGGUGCCUCCUUCGGCCGCCUCGUGGGCAAGGUCUUCGGCUCGGGCCUCGACACGGGCCUCUUUGCGAUCGUCGGCGCAGCCUCCUUCCUCGGCGGCACCAUGCGGAUGACGGUGUCGGUGUGCGUGAUCCUGCUGGAGCUCACCAACGACCUCCUGCUGCUGCCGCUCAUCAUGCUGGUCCUGCUCGUCUCCAAGACGGUGGCGGACUGCUUCAACAAGGGCGUCUACGAGCAGAUCGUGCGCAUGAAGGGGCUCCCCUUCCUGGAGGUGCACGCCGACGCGUGCAUGCGAAGCCUGGUGGCCAGCGACGUGCUGUCCGGGCCGGUGAUCACCUUCUCCAGCGUGGAGCGCGUCGGCUCCGUGGUGAACACGCUGCGGCGCACGGGCCACAACGGGUUCCCAGUGAUCGAGGAGGAGCCGUUCGCGCCGGCGCCGGAGCUGUGCGGCCUGGUGCUGCGCUCCCACCUGAUCGUGCUGCUCAACGGCAGGACCUUCACGAGGGCCCCCGUCAAGACCGGCGCCGCCGAGGUGUUCCGCAAGCUCAAGCCCUUCGACUUCGCCAAGGUGGGGUCGUCGGGGAAGGCGAUGGAGGUGGACGAGCUGAGGCUCACCGAGGAGGAGAUGGACAUGUACGUGGACCUCCACCCGAUCACCAACCGGUCGCCCUACACCGUCCUGGAGAACAUGUCGCUGGCCAAGGCCGCCGUGCUCUUCCGCGACCUCGGCCUCCGGCACAUGUGCGUCGUGCCCAGGACCCCCGGGAGACCGCCGGUGCUGGGGAUCCUGACGCGCCACGACUUCAUGCCGGAGUACAUCCGCGGGCUGUUCGAGAACGUCCUUCGCGAGUAGAGGAAGAUCGCGGUCAUUUUCUUUGCAUAUAUUUUACGCACGUUUUCUUUUUUCUUUUGCACAUAUUAAAGUAUUUUUAGUUCUACUACUGUCUACUGCAAAGCUGCGUUUAGUUUUGU